AUGACCAAUUUCAUCCUUCCGUCCAGAACAUGCUACCCCUGCCCCUUUUCUCAUUACAGAAACAGUAGCAUCAGCAGUCAGAGAUGUGUUAGGUGCCCGGAGACAAAAGGAACAAACUUUAAAGGGGCAACCUCCAUAGAUGACUGCGUCUGUGACCUUGGGUUUUACUUCUCUGUGACGGAAGCCAGAUGCAUACCCUGUGCAAUUGGAUUCUACAAGGACGUGGCGGGCAAUGAAGCAUGCACCCCCUGCCCUGCAAACACCUCAACAUUGAUCACCGGGGACUAUCCCUGCAGGUGCAAGCCAGGAUACACGGGUCCGGACAAUGGCGUCUGCUCCGCUUGUCUUCUUGGCUAUUAUAAGAUCUCCUACGGGAGCUCGAGCUGCGAUGCAUGCCCACCGGGUUCCAGCACUCUGAAUCAAGGCAGUACAAACGAAUGCGGCGACUGCACUCUUGGAAGGAGGCCAAAGUAUCCUGCUUCCUCCUGCCCUUGCGAGCUAUGCCCUGCAGGGACCUAUGGGACAUACCAAGUUGGGCCCGAUCCCUAUGCAUGCGAGCUCUGUGAGUUUGGCAAAUACAGCUCAAGCCCAGGUUCCAUAGAGUGCAGCCAAUGUCCCGAAAACUCCAUAACAUCCUCCCAGGGUGCUUCAAGGGUGCAGGACUGCGAGUGCAAGCAGGGCUACUACUUUGAUGUAUCAAGGUCCUUAUGCAAAGAAUGCCCUCCAGCAACUUACAAAGACUUCAUCGGCAACCAGGCCUGCCUCCCUUGCCCAGGAACCAAGAUGUCAUCCAUCCCAGGGUCCACGCAAGCCGAUCACCUUGCCCAGUGUGAAUGUCCUCCGGGAUACUACGGCUCCAAUGGCGGCGAAUGCACCCCUUGCCCAGUAGACACUUACAAGGAGGACUUUGGAUCUUUGCAGUGUCAGGACUGCCCG